GGCACAGCGGGUGGGCAGGGGAGGGUACAGAGACAGCAAGAGACAGAGACGGAGGAGGAAAGAACUAGGGACGCUUGGAGAGGAAGGACAGCGACAUAGAGAGACAGAGGAGAGAAAAAGAGAGAGAAAAAGAGAGAAAGAAAAAGAGAGAGACUGGGCAAGACUGAGAGAAACACAGACAUACAUACACAGGGAGCUGGGGAUAGGUGGAGAGGAACCUAGGGAGGCCGCCGGUGGUGAGCAUCUGAGUGGGCUGAGGUGUGGCCAGGAGGGGCAUCGCAGUCAGCGCCCGGCCCCUCCUUCCCUGCCCACCCACCUCCCACCCUCGGGGACCCUCCACAACACCCAGGCCGGCAGACGGAGGCCCAGGAUGGCGGAUUCCUGCAGGAACCUCACCUAUGUGCGGGGCUCAGUGGGUCCAGCCACCAGCACCCUGAUGUUCCUGGCGGGCGUGGUGGGCAACGGGCUGGCCCUGGGCAUCUUGGGGGCUCGGCGGCGGUCGCGCCCCUCGGCCUUUGCAGUGCUGGUCACGGGGCUGGCAGGCACCGACCUGCUGGGCACGUGCUUCCUGAGCCCGGCUGUGUUUGUGGCCUACGCCCGAAACAGCUCACUGCUGGGCCUGGCCCGGGGUGGCCCUGCGCUCUGCAACGCCUUCGCCUUCGCCAUGACCUUCUUCGGCCUGGCCUCCACCCUCAUCCUUUUCGCCAUGGCUGUGGAGCGCUGCCUGGCGCUCAGUCACCCCUACCUCUAUGCCCAGCUGGAUGGACCACGCUGUGCCCGCCUGGCGCUGCCUGCCAUCUACGCCUUCUGCACCCUCUUCUGCUCACUGCCCCUGCUGGGCCUGGGCCGCCACCAGCAGUACUGCCCGGGCAGCUGGUGUUUCAUCCGCAUGCGCUCAAAUGAGCUGGGCGGCUGCGCCUUUUCGCUGGCCUAUGCCAGCCUUGUGGCUCUCCUGGUGGCCGCCAUUGUCUUCUGCAAUGGCUCGGUCACCCUCAGCCUCUGCCGCAUGUACCGCCAGCAGAGGCGCCACCAGGGGCCACUGGUGCCCAGGCUCCGGGCGGGCGAGGAUGAGGUGGACUACCUGAUUCUGCUGGCCCUCAUGACAGGCAUCAUGGCCGUGUGCUCCCUGCCACUCACGAUCCGUGGCUUCACCCAGGCCAUCGCCCCAGACAGCAGUGAGAUGGGGGACCUCCGCGCCUUCCGCUUCAAUGCCUUCAACCCCAUCCUCGACCCCUGGGUCUUCAUCCUCUUCCGCAAGGCUGUCUUCCAGCGCCUCUGGCUCUGGCUCUGCUGCCUGGGCCGAGGGUCUGCCCGUGGAGACUUGCAGAUGUCCCUUGCCCUGCCUGACUCCACCUCCCGGAGGAAGGACUUGAGUUUCCCGCCUGCCCUGGGGGGCAAGGAGGGGAGCUGGGUGCCCUUGUCAGCCUGGGGCGAGGGGCGGGUGGCCCCCUCGCCUCCUGCGCAAGUACCUGGAAGCACCGUGGGACCACCGUGCAAAGCAGAGUCCACCGUGGCCUGCUCUCUCUGCUGACACCUUAGUGGCCAGGUGUUCUCCUGCCCUGUCUUCCUGGAGCCACCACCACCUUGAGUUGCCUUGAGUUGAUCCUGACUCAUGGCGACCCCGUGUGUGUCAGAGUGGAACUGUGCCCCCAGAUGGUUUUCAACUGCUGAUUUUUCAGACAUUAGUCUCCAGGCCUUUCUUCGGAGGUGCCACUGGGUGGACUUGAAUCUCCAACCUUUCUGUUCGCAGCUGAAUGCGUUAACUGCUUGCACCACGCAGGGACCCAGAAAACCAGGGGCACGGCUGCUGGCUGUGGGUGGGUCAGCAGAGAGAUGAACCCUGGAGCCCUGGCCUUCCAGAAGCUUGUCCCCACAAAUUUUGGGGGUGAUCAGAUGCUAUUUCUCCUCCUCCAGGGCUGCAGCUGCUGGCUGUGGGAGGCAAGUAAGAGAGGGAAAGUUUAUCCUGGAGCACAGAAAGAAUUGUUCUCAAAAUAACUAGUGGCCUGGGCCACCCGGCUGGCCCUGUCUCUCCAUCCAUUUCACUGUUUAAAUAUUUAGAAGGUGGGAAAGUUCCCAGCAGCUUCUGUGUACUCAGGUCUGCUGGGGUUAGGCUUCCGCCUUCGAACCCGAGCCAUCCAGGGUGCCCCAGCUGCUCACCCCAAAUCCCAACGGGAGAGCCCUGCCCUUUCCAAGCUGCUCCAAAACCACCCCCUCUCUCCCAGGAGAGCUGGGGAUUCUCAGAAGAGCACCCUGAUGCCCUUGCUCCCUGCUUCCCUUCAGACUUGGAGACCCUGGCAUGGGGGCCACCGGACCUGGCACCCCAAGGGGAGGUGGGAGGAAGGGGAAGUUGCUGCAUUGUGAUUGGCAGCGCCAGACACAUGCCUGAUACUAAACGGGCCUGAGAAACCCUCCAGGGCUUGUAAAAGGUGGACAGUGGGGGAUGAGUUGGGGAGAUAGGGAUUGUGAGGCAGCGGAUCAAGGGAUGUGGGGUGCAGACCCCAGGCAUGUUAAUUUCCCAGGGUUGCCGUAACAAAGUACUACCAAUUAGUCUGCUUAAGACAACAGAAAUUUAUUGUAUCACAAUUCUGGAGGCUGGGAGUCCAAAAUCCAGGUGUCAGCAGGGCUGCGCUCCCUCUGAAGGCUCUGGGAGAGGAUCCUUCCUUGCCUUUUCCAGCUUCUGGUGGUUCCCAGCAAUCCUUGGCAUUGCUUGCCUUGUAGAUGCAUCACUCCGAUCUCUGCCUCCGUCUUCACAUGGCUGUCUUCCCUCGAUGCGUUCAUCUCUCUGUGUCUCUUCUCCUCUUUUAUAGGACACCACUCAUAUUGGACUAGGACCCACCCUACUCCAGGAUGACCUCAUGUUCACUGGUAACAUCUUCUAAGACCCUAUUGCCCUACAAGGUCAUGUUCACUGGUAUCAGGGAUUGGGACUUCAACACAUGUUUUUAGGGGACACAAUUCAAUCCAUAACGUCAGGGACUACCCAAGAACACAGACCUAGUCCUGUGCCUGUCCCCAGGGUUCUCCUUACAGAGCCUGGCCUCAUCUCAUGUGUCCUUGGAGCCCUCACAAAACUUUCACUCAUUCAUUCAUUCAACAAAUAUUCAUCAGGCGCCUACUCUGUCAGGGGUCGGGGACAAAGACAGAUUCUUGCCCUGCCGUGGCCCCCACUGGGGUGAUUUUCCGCUUUCUACCCCCUCCCCCCUUCUGAUUGCUGCUCUUGCCCUCAGAGAGGCCUGGAGUCAAGGGGGCGUGGGAGUGAGAAGAUAAUUAUGAAAGGAAAUGAGUUGAAUGGGAAAGCACCCCCACACUGUCUGUCUGUCUGUUCCCCUUUCUGACCUGCUUGUGGGUUCAGGCCAGGCGCACCCUCUCACUCCAUCCUCACAACAGCCUAAUAGGCGCUAUUGACAGUUCAGAGAGGGCAACCACUUGGACCAGGUCACGCAGAGAGGAUGAAGCAGAGGCAGGACUAUUUUCCUAUCUCCAUCUACCUGCCUUCUCUGUAUCAUAGAACAGGGACAAUAAUCUAGUACUUAGCUCACAGGGUUGUUUUGAGGGUUAAGCGAUUCCCCCAGAAAACCGAUUUAGCACAGGAGAAAUCCUGCAAUAAAUGUUACCGUUAUUGUCCUGUCUUUGUUGCUAUUGUUGACUUUGGUUAUCUGGGUAAAUGUGGAUUGAAAACAAAUCAACGCUUUGCUCCACUGUUUUGACUUUGUUUUUUCAAUCAACUACAUUUCAAAUUCCAUUAAAGGAGAACAGGGCAACUAGUAAAAAAUGUCUGCCUUGAGCAUUGUGCUCUUUUAAGAACUAUCUAUACGGGAUCAAAUUGACAGCAGCAACUGGAAAGGUUAGAAAGGAAACUUAAGGGCAGUAAGUCUAUGUGAAUGGGGGGAGAACAACUCAGAAAAGGAGAAUGGGAAUGGUUGUACAACUUGAGGAAUGUAAUCCACAUCACUGAAUUGUACCUGUAGAAACUGCUGAACUGGUGUAUGUUUUCCUGUGUACAUUCUCAACAACGACAAAAUAAAUAAAAUUAAAAAAAAAAAAGAACAAGGGGUAUCUUCGAGGGUUAAACACAGGUCAACACGACUGCUUCUGUUCCCCAAUGAGAAUGUUCUGGAACCAGAAAGUGGUGAUGGUUGCUUAGCAUUGUAAACGUUGUGAAGGCCUCUGAGAUGUACACUUUAAAACGGACUUUAUGAGUAUUUUACCACAAUUAAAAAAAAAAAACAAAACCUUGUGAUGCUAAAGAUAAUUGAGGAUAAGCCAAAAAAAAAAAAAAAAAACCAAACUUUUUGCCACUGAGUUGAUUUCGACUCAUAGAAACCCCGUAGUGCAGAGUAGAACUGCCCCAUAGGAUUUCCAAGGAGCAGCUUGGUGGAUUCAAACUGCUGACCUUUUUGGUCAGCUGCCGAGGUCUCAACCACUGCACCACCAGGGCUACAAUUGAGGGUAAGCCUUUAGAAAGUUUUACAGCUCUCUUGAAAAGUUUUACAGCUCUCUUGAAAGAUAACUAUUGUACUAGUUGAAUAUGACAGUAAAAAGGUCGACUUGUAAAAACAAAAACAGGUCAAGAAAUGUAGGCUGCAAAAAGACAAACAUUGUAUGAUCCCACUUAUAUGAGAGAUUUGUUGGUGUUGGUGUUGGGUGCGGUCGAGUUAAUUCCAAAUCAUAGUUGAUCCUAUAGGACAGAGUGGAACUGCCCCAUAGGGUUUCCUAGACGGUAAUCUUCAUGAGAGCAGAUCACCAGGUCCCUUGGUUUGAACCACCAACCUUUUGGUUAGUAGCCAAGCUCUUUAACCAUUGCACUACCAGGGCUCCUUCAUGAAAGAUCUACAAUAGGUAAAUGCAUAGAGACAGAAAAUAGAGGUUAUCAACGACUGGAGGGAUGGCGGAAAUGGGGAGUGACUGCUUAAUGGGUAUGGGAUUUCUGUCUGGGGUGAUGAAGUUCUGGAAAUAAACAGUGGAUUAUGUUUGUACAAAAAGAAAGAAAGGAAGGAAAGAAGGAAGAAAAAGAGACAAAGAGAAAGGGAGGGAGAGAGAGAGAGGAGACACAGAAAGAGAGAGAGAGGGAGGGGAAAAGGGAGGAAGAGAGACAAAGAGAGAAAAAAGAAAGAAAGGAAAUACCAAGUCGGGUUUAGCCACCAGCUGGAACCCACACAAAGGGGUCCUCUGGAAGAAGGCCAUGAGGCAGGAGUGGGGCGGGGUGUCUGGAGAAAGGCAUUUCAGGCAAGAGUGAGGAAAGAGGGGACCCUCCUGCCCAGGCCACACCCCAGGGGUGCGCUUGCCUCUUCUCUGUGGGUUGCCCUGAAGGUGGGUCAGUUCUGUCCACUUGGCUUCUUCGAGCCUGGCCCAGGGCAGAGCAUUUCUCCCCACAGACCCCUUACCUGAGGUGGGUGCUAUGGUUGUUCAACAGGUUUUUUUAGGUGAGGAUUAAGGUGAGGUGAGGAUUUAGUGUGGAGGUUGGUUUGCUGCUGGCUCUCAGGCACCAGGGCUAACGUCACAGGUAUCUGUCCGUCUUCUUCAUCCCACUGUGGAGCUCAGACUCGCACCACCUCUGGCCUGGGUAUCUACACUAUCUACCUGUGAUUCCCACGCAACUUCCACCCCGUCCUGCCACGGCCCUCUAGAAUGAUUUGGAGACUCUUCUCCUAGCCCGAGGAGUUCCUGAGCCUGGCUGCUAACAGGAAAUCUAGUGGUUCAAGUCCACCCAGAGGUACCCUGGAAGAAAAGCCUGGCGAUCUACUUCUGAAAGGCCACCCAAACCAAAAAAAACAAACCCACUACCAUUGAGUCGAUUCCUACCCA